AUGGCCUGCGCCGAAUGCACCAGCGGUUCUAUCCACACCGGGACGCCCGUCGGAAAGGAGAUUACGCUCGGGGGACUCCAGAGCUACGUGACAGGAGACGAGACCUCGCAGCGGAUCAUUGUCUUUGGCACCGACAUCUUCGGUUGGCGCCUCCCUAACGCGCGCAUUCUCGCGGACGAGUAUGCAGCGAAGAACUUCUGGGUGGUGGUCCCGGACCUCUUCGGCGGUCGUGAGCUACCGCGGUGGACGCUGACUGCCACGGAGCACACUGACAAACCUACACUCAAGCAGAGGCUCCUUCGCCCGCUUCUACUCUUCCUCUUCAUCCCCUUCCUCUUUCGCAACACCAAAGCGUCUCAGUCGGACAAGAUCAACGGCCUGCUCACGCACCUCCGUGCGACGCGCCCCGACGCCAAGAUCGGGAUGGUUGGCUUCUGCUGGGGCGGCCGUUACGCGAUCACGAUGAACUCCCUUUUCGAUGCGACAGUCGCAGCCCACCCGUCGCUCGUCAAGUUCCCCGGCGAGGUGCAGGAGAUCAAGAAGCCCGUCAGCUUCGCCGUCGCGGAGACGGACAAGCAGUUCGACGCGAAGCGCGCCGACGAGACAGAGGCGCUGCUGCGGAACAGGAGCUUUAACGACUUCGAGGUGGUCGUGUACAAGGGCGUAGACCAUGGGUGGACUGUGCGCACGGAUAUGACGAAUCCCGAGAAGAAGGCGAAGAGGGAUCAAGCGAGGGACCAGGUAUUGAACUGGUUCGAGAAGUACUUGACAGUGUCUUCGACUUAA